AUGCUGAACGCCAUCCACCUUGUGCACUACCAGCGCUACUACCACUCGCUCCUCGCCAAACUCGCCCCCUCCGCCUCCGCCACCCUCCUACCCGACGACCCAGCUUCGGCAGGUGCCGGCUCGGACAAUGCAGGUUCGGCGGAGGCGGUAGGUUCGGGAGGGGGCAGCAUAGAGGAUUUGCUGGAGAGCAUGGAUCGGCUGGCGCCGCGGCGGCAGGUGCGGGUGGCACGCAAGCCGCGCAUGCUGGUGUGUGCGCCGUCCAACGCGGCGGUGGACAAGCUGCUGUUGCGUGUGCUGCUAAAGGGCUUACUGGUCGGCGAGAUGCGCACCUACCGGCCCGACGUGGCGCGCGUUGGUGCCGAGGCCGCCACCCCUGCUGCUCAGGCGGUAUCGGUGGAGCGGCGGUCGCAGCAGCUGCUGCAGGUGUCGGCAGAGGAGGCCGCCCACCACGUGGCAGCGCUGCGCCACAAGGAGGGCCAGCUGGCAUGCCACGUCAGCGUGCUGCAGCGCCAGAUCCGCGAGCUGGUGGAGGCGGGGGGAGGGGGGAGUGGGGAGGGGGGCAGUGCGGUGGGGAUGGAUCCAGAGGUGUUGGUGCAGCGGGAACGGGAGAGGGACGCCCUCGUGCAGCGACUGGCAGUGAGUGCAGCGAGUGUGGCAAUGGUUGUGUCUGACUCCAAGGAAGGAGUGGAGGAGAGGGAGCAGGUGGGGGUGGAGGUGGGGCGGCUGCUCAUCGUGCUGGGGGCGCGGCGGGGCGACGUGACAUUGGAGGCGGCGAGGGCACAGCUGGAGGCGAGCUUUGCGGAGGAGGCGGAGGUCGUCUUCACCACCGCCAGCAGCAGCGGCCGCCGGUGA